CACACACACGCUGAAAAGGAAUGUCUUUCAGAUAAAGCAACCAUACGGAAAUUUACUGCAAAUAAUUCCGAAAACGCAGUCACUGUUUACCAGAGUGAAACAAUAGAGAUGGUAUGUGCAACAGAUGGUGACCCUACACCUUCGGUUCGUAUUAUAAAUGCAACUCGUUCAAGUAAAAUGAUGCUUUCAGAAACAACAACAUUUAAAGCACACGCAUACAUACAUCGAGCGAGAUGUGAAUAUGAUAGUGGAGUAUAUAAAUGUGUGGCUAACAAUACGCAUAACCAAGAAGAGCGCGAACAUACGUGUGUUGUCAACAUACAAUGUUCGCCAAGAGCAUCACCCUUUUCACCUUCAACGCACAAUGUGUACAGGGCCCUAAACGACGCUGCUGUUUUCAUCUUCACAUUAAUUGCUUAUCCUGAGCCAGAUAGGUCAAACUUUAGUUGGUACAGGCGUAUCUAUAACAACUGGGUUGCUUUGCAAAAUUCCACAAACUAUAGUUUUUAUGUUGCUGAAAAUAGAAUGAAGACACAACUUAUGAUAUCUCGCGUUCACGUUGAUGAUUUCACAGAUUACAUGGUGAGCGUAUCCAACACGUUGGGUUCAACAACGGAGACAUUUACUUUACACGCACAAUCUAUACCAAAUGUUCCAAAAGAUGUGCGUAUUGACCGAGUAGGAAUCACGAAUAUUGGAAUAUCAUGGCUUCCUGAAUUUAAUGGGGGUGAGGAUCAGAAUUUUACUAUUCGAUAUAAAGAAGUUCAAGCUGGAAACUGGAUAUAUAUUUUCAUUGCAAGUUCUAUUGUGCACUAUAAAUGGACUAUAGAGGGAUUAAAACAAGACACGGAAUAUGCAAUCGAAAUAUUGGCAGAAAACAAAAUAGGCAAAUCAAAUUGGACUUUGACGAUAACAACAAGAACGAUUUUCAAUGAAGUUGAAAAUGGACCGACUUCAAUAUCUAUUGGCGGUGCAGUAGGCGGAAGUACUGUCGGGAUUGGAAUGGUUGUCGCCGUUAUAGUUUUCAUAUGGAAAUACAGAAACAGAGGGCAAAAUACAAACAAAACAAACCACGAAACUAGUCUGAAAUCGGGUCAGUACGAAUAUUUCGUCCGCGAAAGAAGUUGCGAGGAAACCCUAUCUACAGACGGAACAUAUGCAAUAUGCAGAUAUGAUUAUCGUCCUGCUGACAAUAAAUACGAGACACUUGCAGAACAACUAGAAUUUCGGGAUUACUCAAGUUUGUCCUCCAAACCAUCGCCAUUAGUUGAAAAUGCCACGGACUGUCACUCGUCGCUGAAUGGUGUGUUCAACGAUGAUUGUGAAUAUGUCAACAUGAAAUUGUCUAUAUUUUAAUUUUUGCGAUAACUAGUUAUAAGCAGAACUAUGUUAUUUACUUUGUAAUAAAUGUUACGUUUGUGUUUUAUCUUUGAAAACUAGGCCGUUUAUGGUUGU